AUCGAUGAUUUUCUCUGCUUCCACCAUUUGAUUUUGCCGAAGAUAAACGUUUUCUUGCUGUUUACGGUAGGUCUAUGUGUCAGCCCAAUAAAAAACAAGUGAGCCGGAGAAUAGAAAAAGCCCAAAAUAACAGAUUAAAAUUAAAAAGAUCCAUAAACAAUCAAUCAAAACGAGGAAACUAAUUUCGCGCUCCCUCCUUAUCUCUCAAGUCUCAAUAUUAAUAGUUUCACUUGCUGUUUCUCAGACUCUCUCUCUUUCUUUCUUUCUUUCUUCUCCAAGAACCCCCUUUCAGAUCGAGUCUUCGACCUGUGAAAGUUUCAGAGAAUGGACGGUCUUCCUGAUUACUUUCAGUAUCGUGCGAUAGUAGAGGAAUGCAUUGAAAACAACCUGACCAAGGAUGAGACUGAGAGAUAUGUAGAGGAAGUCCACCAAAUCCCAAUUCAAGAUACCAACCGAGUUUGGGAUCAUCUUGAAAGGACGAAUCCAGAUUUGUUCAUAGCGUACAAUGCAAGGAUGCGUGAGCGCAAUGCAAGAAUCCCUAAGCGCGUUGCGAAACCUUCUUCACCACCAGAGGUAACUUCCGCAAGGAGACGUAAAGUGCGUGGGACUAAGAAAGAAUACCGUCUAUCUCCUUAUUGUCGCCCGUUGUUGACUGCUAUAAAUGUCCCGGAUGCAUCACCACAAGAAGCUUCUUCUUAUCCUAAUGCUCUAGAGAACCAAAACCUUCAAGCCUCCCAGCAGCAGCCAGCUUAUCCCAACGACUUUUGGCAGCAGCUUUUGAGUACUUUGGGUCAGAUUCAGAGUAAUACAGACCAAAUGCUCAAACUCUUGACCGAUGGACAUGGAUUUGGACCACAUCUUUCUGCUGCGCGAUCCUCCAAGAGACAGCGAGUUGGAGAGGCAGAAGAGAGAGGUAAAAAUGAAGAAGCAGAGAAGCUGCAGAAGAAAGAGGAAGGUGACGAUAAUGAAGCAGAGAAGCCGCGUGAGAAUGAGAGAGCUGGCGAUGAAGAAGCAGAGAAGCUGCAGGAGAAUGAGAGAGGUGACAAUGAAGAAGCAGAGAAGCUGCAGGAGAACGAGGAAGGUAACGAUGGAGAAGCAGAGAAGCUUCAGGAUUAGAUCUGCCACAAAAAACGCAUGGAAAAGUUCUCACGUAAGCAUAGUUAUUGAUUAACAGAACAUAUUGCAAAGACACAUUACUUUCUUAUUGUCAUCCUAGACACUACUACUAGGUACUAGCUACGCUGUUAAAGAAAAACAUUGGGAACAUUUUAUUAUCUGUUUUUUUUUGCUUGGCCUCUCUCUCCAGGCUUUGUGUUGUUGUUGGUCCCAGAACCGAAACUGUGGAGAAGAGAUAAACAUGUAACAAGUUCAAAAAUACAUGUAUCCAUUCAAACUGUUGGUCCCAGAACCGAAAUACUUAUAAAUAUAUACAAAUAGUGAAAAGUACAUGUCUAAAAUAGCUACA